AUGGCCGUGGAUUGUUCUAUAGAUGAGCCUUCUGGGCGAGUGACCUGCCCCAAGAGUGGUUGCCACAUUCAUCGUUGUGAAUUUGGUAGAGCACAUCAAGUGUUUGAGGUAUCUCGUGGCCUUCUACUGGAGCUUCCUAACUUUAGAUUUUUCCUUUGGCAGAUUUCCAUUUGCCAAGUAAUCAAUGAUGUGGUCUUGCCAGCUAGGGUCCUCAUCAAUCUGUAUGGAGUCAAUUUGUUCUAUCUCUUUGAUGCUUGGAAGGUUAAUGUGUUCGACCGGGAUGAAGCUUCUGAACUGGGUGUUCAGUGCUGA